AUGAUGAAAUUAUUUAUUAUUUUAUUUGCUCUUAUUCAUGUUAUUACUUCAAGUUCGUUAAAUUCUCUUGACAACAAUAACGUCAAUAUUGUCCCUCAAAUCGUCGAUUUAAAGUCAGAAUCGACAAAGACUCAAUCAUACGCUGAUGUUGAUCUUGACGAUAAUAUUGCUCAUGAAACCAUCAACAAACUUGACGAACAGAUUAAUGGAGUUGUAAAGUACAGAUGGCGUUGUGGUGCAUGUUGUAGAAAUGAAAGAAAUUUUC